UUUCGAGAACUUGAUUGCUGGGGCAAAAACUAAUGGGGCGGGGUGUCAACGUACAACUAGCAAAUAAUGCGUACCACGCGGAGUCCAUUCAAUGAGAAACACACGAAAGUUAACACUAAUAGAACAACCAAGACCCAGACGAGAUGGUGUUACUCAAAAGUCCGUUAUUCAGAAUAUACAGGGAAUCCGAAAGAAAUGCGUGCCGACGCGAAAAGUAGCAUGAUUAGCGAGACGUCCAACAUCCCAUGAGAUCCAUAGAUCAAUCCUCCAACUCCUCUGUGAAUUUACUUUCAACAGGUGC